AUGGAGGACGAGGAUCUGCCGCGAGGUGGUGGAAGUGCCGUCACGCCUCUUGAGGUGAGAAAAAUUCACAAACAGGCCGAUUCCGAUUUCCUGUUCGAGAUUAAAUCGAGCAAGGGCAAGAAGGGUGCCAAGAGCCCCGCCAAGAAGGACACACGAAAGAAGCGCAAGCCGGCGGAAGAUGACGAAGAUGAUGACAAGCCGAAGGACGGCGAAGGUCUUGCCAGCUCCGUGACGGCGUUCAAUUUUCCCAAAUUCAUCGAACCUCUCCGAUUCAAGAGCUUGGCCCCCGGCACGUCGCUGCUCGGUGCGGUUACCAAGGUCAAGGACUUCAAGAUGCACCUCACCUUGCCAAGCGGGCUGACUGGCGUUGUGCCCAUCACCGAAGUGACCGACACACUCAGCGAGCUCUUGGCCAGCAAAGUCGACGACGAGGAUGACGUGUUGCCCAAGAUGUCUGCCUUCUUCAAGCCGGGCCAGCUCGUUCCGUGUGUGAUCAAGGCUCUGGAGGAACGCGAGAAGGGCAACAAGAAGAACGUCGUCCUCUCUCUCCGUCCCUCUCUUCUCAACCAGAAUCUGGCCAUCGGCAACAUCACGCCCGGCAUGGCCAUCCACGGAAGUGUGAAGAGCGUGGAGGAUCACGGUUACAUCAUCUCCUUUGGAACGAACGAAUUUACGGGCUUCUUGGUGAAGGACACCGCUGAGAUGACUGAGGACGAGGAAUCUCAGACUGCUCAGUUCGUUGUCGGCCAGCCCGUGGCUUGCGUGGUGGAUUCGGUCAAGCGGGAGAACAACACUGUCACAGUUCACUACGACCCGGACAAAUUCAGCACGGCUGUUACCAAGGACAACAACGUCUUCACCAUUCAGACGCUCAAGGCCGGCAUGCUCAUCAACGCUCAGGUCAAGAAGGUCUACAAGCAAGGCCUCUUCCUUCAGUUCCUGGGCUACUUCGGUGGUACUGUGAGCAGCCAGCACCUUGGCUGUCCGCUGUCCAAGCUGAGCGCGAAUUACCCCGAGGGCAAGAAGGUGCUGGGCCGCAUCGUGCACGUCGACUACGAGAACAAGAUGGCCUCGUUCAGCUUGCUUCCGCACAUCGUCAAGUACCAGGCCUACGAAUUCCCCGAGGCUGUGCACAUCGGCCAGCGUUUCGAGGCGGCCAAGGUCACCAUGGUGGACAAGCGCAACGGCCUGUUCCUCGAGCUUCCCACAGAGCCCGCCCAAGCGGCCUUCGUUCCCGCGACGCUGGUUUCGGACGAGUCCGAAGAGAACCUGAAGAAGUAUCGUAUGGGGCGAGAGGUCGUCUGCCGUGUGGUGAGCCGCGACCCCUUGGAGGGUGUGGUCACCGUUGCCAUGAAGCAGUCGAUCCUCGACCUCGCCUUCCUGCGCCGCGAGGACAUCCCCAUCGGCAAGAAGCUGAAGGGAACCAUACUGGAGCUGGUGCCCAAGGGCAUGGUGAUUUCUCUCACCAAGUCCAUCAGGGCCUUCUGCCCCUCGUCCCAGAUGUCCGACAUCACCCAGCUACAGAACCCUGCUGCCCACUUCAAGAUUGGUGAUACGAUCAAGUGCAAGGCACUCUCCGUGGACCCGGUCGCCGGCAGGGUGAUCGUGACCUGCAAGAAGUCGCUCGUCUCCUCUGACCUGCCGGUGAUCACUUCGUUCGAGGACGCCGAGCCCGGCGUGCAGUCGCACGGCUACAUCUCGUCGGUCAAGGAAUACGGCGUGUUCGUCACUUUCUUCAACGGCGUCACGGGUCUGGUCGGGCUGAGCCAGCUGAGCAACAACUUUGUGGACAACCCCGAGAAGGUCUACACGGCCGGCCAGGUCGUCAAGUGCCACGUCCUCACGUGCGACGCCCAGAAGAAGCGAAUCUCGCUCUCCUUUUUGAAAAAGCAAAAGCAGGAGGUUCUCGAGAAUGAGGCUUACAACUGGAACGAGCUCAAAGUCGGAAGCAUGGUCAGCGGCACGGUCAAGUACCUGGUGGACGGCGCUGUCCGUGUUGAGCUGAGCGGCGGAAUCGCCGGCGUUCUUCCCAACCCGCACCUCUCCGACCAUGUCGGUCACUGCGAAGCGAUCAGGGCCACCCUCUCGAAGGGGUCGGUGCUGAAGGAGAUGCUCGUGUGGAGCAAGAACGAAGCGCAGAAGAGGAUCACCCUCUCGUGCAAGCCCAGCCUCAUCGAAGCCGCCAAGUCCGGCCAACUCCUUCAAGCCAGGGAGGACUUCACGAGCGGCACGCUCUCGACCGGAAUAAUUCGCGGUAUUGAGACCUUUGGUUGCUUCGUCGAGUUCGCGAACUCCAUCGCCGGUCUCGCCUACGUGACGAACCUGGUGGACGGCCCGCUCGACGACCUCAAGACGCGCUUCACCGUGGGCCAGACGGUCCGGGCGCGCGUCGUCGACAGCACGGGCGAUAAGCUCAGCCUCACCCUGAAGCCCUCGCAGUGCGGCCCCAACACCUCGAUCUCCUUCCUCCAGUCCUACUUCAAGGAGGAGGAGGCCAUCGCCAGCUCCAAGCCCGAGGGUGCCGCGCCCAAGCCGAAGGUGAACUGGUCGGCCUUUGAGAUCGGCUCGUCCGUCGAGGCCACCAUCAAGAUCCUCAAGGACUUUGGUGCCGUGCUCACCUUUGCCGACCCCAACGUCACCGGUUUCGCCGUCAAGGACCAGAUUCCCGAAGACAACGAGGAGCUGACCGAGGGGGCCAAGGUCAAGGCCGUGGUGCUGGACAUCGACAAGCAGCGCUACAUCAUCGACGUGUCGCUCCAGCCGGAGCUGAUCAGCGCCGCGCUCCCUGCCAGCUCGCAGCCCGCGAAGAAGACCGCCAAGCGCAAGUCCAAGGGCAGCAACGAGGCCGAGGGGCUCAAGGUGGGCGAUGAGGUGGAGAGCAGGGUGGAGCUGAUCAAGGGCUCCUACCUCGUCGUCUCCGUUCCGUCGACCAAGCCGGGCGUCCACGUCGGCUACGUCGCCACCAAGGACUGCAACACUCAGCACACCGACCCCUUCUCCAAGUUCAUCAUCCACGAGAAGUGCAAGGCCAUCGUCAAGGAGAUUCCCUCGACGCCCAACAGCCGUAUGCUGUUGCUGCUGUCCAAGAUCGAGAAGGAGGAGGACAAGAAGAAGAAGAAUCCCGCCAUCGACGUCACCGACUUGAAGGCCGGCAACAUUGUCAAGGCCAAGAUCACCUCCGUUCUGCCCACCCAGCUCAACGUCUCCCUGGGCUCGCACAUCCGAGGCCGCGUCCACAUUACGGAGAUUGCUGAUGACAUCUCCCAGCUGAACGGUCACGCCAACCCUCUGCUAAAGUACACGAUCGGGGACCACAUCGAGGGCAAGGUGCUGGACGUCGUGCUGAGGGCCAAGCACAGGCUGCUGCCCAUCUCGCACCAGAACCCGGUCACCUCCCGCUCCGUGGAUCUCAGCCUCCGUCCGGCGGAUCUCGCCCUCGGCGAGGGCCAAGCCGCCCCGCGCAGGACGCUCGAGACUCUCAGCGUGGGUGAAAAACUGCUGGGCGUUGUGGACAGAGUGACCCCUGACGGCGUGUGGGUGUCCGUCACCUGCAUCCUGAAGGGACGCGUCUUCAUCUUGGACAUGUCCGACAGCGCCAAGGACAUUCGUGACCUUUCCGAGAAGUACGCGGUUGGAACCGCCGUUACGUGCUACGUCAAGCACGUGGACACACAGAAGAAGGCCCUCGAUUUGACGCUCGUUCCCAACGGAGUCUUGACAUCACCACCCACGCACUCACUACAGAAGGGCACCGAGAUCAAGCCGGGAACCGUCGUUCUGGGCCGCAUCUCCAAGAUCCUGCCGGGCGUCGGUGUCAACAUGCAGCUCUCGCCCCACACCUACGGACGCGUGUUCAUCACCGACAUCGCCGACGACUACACCGAGAACCCGCUUGCAGACCUCAAGGAAGGCGACGUCAGAGAGUGCUACGUCCUGGGUGCCAAGGGCAACAAGGUCGAUCUGUCCCUCCGUCCCUCUCGCGUCAACAACCUGCAAGUGCCCAAGGAGCAACUCGCAUUCCCCGAGAUCGAGUCGGUUGCCGACCUCGCCGUGGGCAAGAUGGUCCGUGGCUACGUCACGGAGACCUCCACUAGCGCGGUCUUUGUGGCGCUCAACAGGUCGCUCAGCGCCCGUAUCACGCGACGCGAGCUCGGCCAGUCGCCCGUCAAGAAGAUCGGCGUGGCCUUCCCCGUGGGCAAGCUGGUCGAGGCCAAGGUCAAGUCCAUCGGCAAGAGGAAGAAGAACGAAGCCAAGAUCGAGCUGACACUGGGCACGCGGGGCUCGAAGAAGCUCGCAUUCGGUGACCUCAAGGAGGGAAUGAAGGUCAAGGCCACGAUCCAGAGCGUCAAGGAGAAGAACCUGCUGGUGCAGAUCAAGCGCAGCAAGCUGAUCGGCAUGUGCCGCAUCUCGGAGCUGUCCGACGACUUCGUCGACCACCCGGCCAAGUACUACAAGGAAGGCGACGCCGUGAAGGCGCUGGUGAUCAAGAUCGAUCCGGAGCGACAGCGCUUCGAGGUCUCGCUCAAGCCGUCCCACUUCGAGGGCGACAUCGACUCGAGCGACGAGGAGACCGCCAAGCCCAAGAAGCAGCGCAAGAGCAAGAAGGCCAAGAAGCAGCUCGACGACUCCGCGGACAGCAUGCUGCAGGACAGCGACGACGAAGACGAAGAGAACCUUCUUGUCGUGUCCAAGAGCGACUCUGAGGCCGAGGAGGCCGAGGAGGACGAGGAAGAGGAGGAAGAUGGCGACGAGAUGAAGGUCGAGGGCCUGGCGCCGGUUGGGUUCGACUGGGGCGAUGCCACGCCAACCAAGGCGGAGCCCAUCGAGUCCAAGAAGAGGAAGAGGAGCGCCAAGGCGGCGGACGACGACGAGGCCAAGGAGAACGAGGAGGAGAUCGAGCUCGAGGAAAAGAAGGGCAAGAAGAAGCGCGCCAAGAAGGCGCAGCAGGCUGCCGAAGAGGAGGAGCUCGCGGCCAAGGAGGAGGAGCUCCUGGCCGAGGCCCUCCCCAAGACGGCCGACGACUACGAGAAGCUGCUCCUCGCCUCCCCCAACUCCUCCUUCCUGUGGAUCAAGUACAUGGCCUUCCAGCUGUCUAUUGCGGAGAUCGACAGGGCCAGGGAGAUCGCCGAGCGGGCGCUCAAGCGGAUCAACUUCCGCGAGGAGCAGGAGAAGCUCAACGUGUGGGUCGCCCUGAUGAACCUGGAGAACAAGCACGGCUCCAACGAGUCGCUCAUGCAGGUCUUCCAGCGCGCCCUCACCUACAACGACCCCAAGACCGUCAACCUCCAGCUCGUCGGCAUCUACGAGCGCAGCGAACAGUACAAGCUGGCCGAAGAGCUCUACAAGGCGAUGACCAAGAAGUUCAAGCACAGCUGGCAGAUCUGGCUCCGCUACUCGCAGUUCCACCUCAAGAACCUCCACUCCAUCGAGGGCGCUCGCAAGGUCCUCGAGCGUGCCCUCCAGGUGCUCCCCAAGAAGAAGCACAUUGGCGUGAUCUCGAAGAUGGCGCAGAUGGAGUUCAAGCACGGAUCGCCGGAGCGAGGAAGGACGAUCUUCGAGGGCAUUCUGAGCAACUACCCCAAGCGAGUCGACAUCUGGGGCAUCUACAUCGACAUGGAGCUCGCCCUGGGCGACCACGGGGCCAUCCGCAACCUGUUCGAGAAGGUGACCACCCUCCAGCUGUCGUCCAAGAAGAUGCGCUACUUCUUCGAGCGCUACCUCAAGUUCGAGAAGGAGCACGGCACCAAGGAAUCGGUCGGCCACGUGCGCGAGAAGGCCCGCCAGUACGUCCUCUCCAAGUCGCAAGAGUAG